GAAGAUCCUGCCUUGCUCCGCUGGGCCCAUGCUAGGACACUCAACGUCUACCCCACUUUCCGACCGACACCUAAGACAUCCUUUCUAGGAGUAGUUUAUGCAUUAGGCCCUCUUCUUUUAUGGGCUGCUGCCUUCAAAUAUGAAAGGGAUCGUAGAGCGAAGCUUAUCCAAGAAGGUAAAUACGAGCGGCGACCAUUCAGUUUAUUUUAA